AACUUUCAGCUGUGCACAUCAUUGCUACUAAUCUCUUUCGAAUGAUAGACUGUACUUUAAAUAUUUACUCAUGAGCAUUUACUUUGGAAAAUGUACUUUUUGUAGAAAUAUAAAUGGGUGCUACAGAGAACACUGACGACUUCAAAGCAAAAUGAAGUUCGUUCUGCUGCUUUCCCUCAUUGGGUUCUGCUGGGCUCAAUAUGACCCACAUACUUCAGAUGGGAGGACUGCUAUUGUCCACCUGUUCGAGUGGCGCUGGGUUGAUAUUGCCAAGGAAUGUGAGCGAUACUUAGGUCCUAAGGGAUUUGGAGGGGUGCAGGUCUCUCCACCUAAUGAAAACGUUGUAGUUAAUAACCCAUCAAGACCUUGGUGGGAAAGAUACCAACCAAUCAGCUAUAAAAUCUGCACAAGGUCUGGAAAUGAAGAUGAAUUCAGAGACAUGGUGACAAGGUGCAACAAUGUUGGUGUCCGUAUUUAUGUGGAUGCUGUCAUUAACCACAUGUGUGGCUCAGGCAAUCCUGCAGGAACAAGCAGUACCUGUGGAAGUUACCUCAAUCCAAAUAACAGGGAAUUCCCAGCAGUUCCAUACUCUGCUUGGGACUUUAACGAUAAUAAAUGUAAUGGAGAAAUUAAUAACUACAAUGAUGCUUAUCAGGUCAGAAAUUGUCGUCUGUCUGGCCUUCUGGAUCUUGCACUUGAGAAAGAUUAUGUUCGUACCAAGGUGGCUGACUAUAUGAACCAUCUCAUUGACAUUGGUGUAGCAGGGUUCAGACUUGAUGCUGCUAAGCACAUGUGGCCUGGAGACAUAAAGGCAGUUUUGGACAAACUGCAUAAUCUCAAUACAAAAUGGUUCUCCCAAGGAAGCAGACCUUUUAUUUUCCAAGAGGUCAUUGAUCUGGGUGGUGAGGCAAUUAAAGGUAGUGAGUACUUUGGAAAUGGCCGUGUGACAGAAUUCAAGUUUGGUGCAAAACUUGGCACAGUUAUCCGCAAGUGGAAUGGCGAGAAGAUGUCCUAUUUAAAGAACUGGGGAGAAGGUUGGGGUAUGGUGCCUUCUGACAGAGCCCUUGUGUUUGUGGACAACCAUGACAAUCAGCGAGGACAUGGUGCUGGAGGAUCAUCCAUCCUGACAUUCUGGGAUGCUAGAAUGUAUAAAAUGGCUGUCGGAUUUAUGUUGGCUCAUCCUUAUGGAUUCACAAGAGUAAUGUCAAGUUACCGUUGGAAUAGAAAUUUCCAGAAUGGAAAGGAUCAGAAUGAUUGGAUUGGACCACCCAAUAACAAUGGAGUAACAAAAGAAGUGACCAUUAAUCCAGACACUACUUGUGGCAAUGACUGGGUCUGUGAACAUAGAUGGCGUCAAAUCAGGAACAUGGUUGCCUUCAGAAAUGUAGUCAAUGGUCAGCCUUUUGCAAACUGGUGGGAUAAUAACAGCAACCAAGUAGCUUUUGGCAGAGGAAACAGAGGCUUCAUUGUCUUUAACAAUGAUGACUGGGCUUUGUCAGAAACUUUACAGACUGGUCUUCCUGCUGGCACAUACUGUGAUGUCAUUUCUGGAGAUAAGGUCGAUGGCAAUUGCACUGGACUUAGAGUGAAUGUUGGCAGUGAUGGCAAAGCUCACUUUUCCAUUAGUAACUCUGCUGAGGACCCAUUUAUUGCAAUCCAUGCUGACUCAAAAUUGUAAGAAUCUAUAUUAAAGAGAUUUGGAUUAAGCAA